UUGACAUCAUGAGGUACCGGAGAAGAAAGAAAAAAUAAGUCUAGUCAACCGCCCACCGCAGGAGACUGGGGGGAUGUUCCACCACCAUCCUGGAUUUACAACCAUUUCAAGGAUAUUUGAGCACAAAGACGACAUUUUGGAAACUGUGAUAUUGGAGUAAGCCGACAUCUUGGAAACCUUCACCGCCAACUGACUUUUGAGGCCACAUGAUUGAGCGGCCGUUUUACCUGUGUGGCUGAAGACUCAAGGAGCAAACAAUGGAUCAAAACUUGUUUGGAGGAGUGCCCAGGUUCCUCACCCGCCCAAAGGCAUUCUCAGUGUGUGCAGGCAAGGAUGCCACACUGAGCUGCACUAUCGUGGGCAGCCCGACUCCACUGAUCACCUGGGAAAAGGACAAGCUCAAACUGACAUCUGGGGGCCGCUUCAAGACCGUGGAGGAUGGAGAUGUGUACCGCCUGACCAUCUAUGAUUUAACACUGGAGGACAGUGGCCAAUACAUGUGCCGAGCCAAAAACAACGUCGGGGAAGCUUAUGCUGCCGUGACCCUCAAAGUGGCCCUGCCAACAGAGAUGGCUCAGAGGGCCCCUGUAUUCACGGUUAAGCCUACCUCUACACGUGUAGGUUUGGGAGGAGAUGUUGUUUUCCACUGCCGGGUUGCAGCUUACCCUGACGCCAACUUUGACUGGGAAAAAGACGGGCGCUACUUGGGGGAGUCGAACCGUAUCAAGAUAGUUUCUGACAGUGACAGCAGCACCUUAAAGAUCCAAAGUGUGCGUAACCUGGACAGCGGCACCUACACCUGCAAGGCCCAGAACACUGUUGGCCGUUCACAGGCUGCAGCAGCUCUUGUCGUAGAUGCCCAGGAUUCCCACCACCUGUCUGGAGACAAAAACACUUCCCUCCUUUCUCACCUACAAAAGCGCAAGGAGGAAAUGAAGAAGGACAUCUCAAUAUAUCGCACUGAAGAAAGCAGAUCCUCUGUUACCUCCUCCACCACAGCUAACAUCACAGAUGGUUUGAGUCUGGAAUAUGAGCUGAGGGCAUCUGCUCUCGCAAAGCUGCCCAAAGGUGUGUUCACCCGUACCUGCACAGUGACUGAAGGCAAACAUGCCAAACUCAGCUGCUUUGUAACGGGUCACCCUAAACCGCACAUUAUCUGGAGGAAGGAUGGAACAAACAUCAGUGAAGGCCGCAGGCACGUCAUUUAUGAGGACCAAGCUGAGAACUUCAUCCUCAAGAUCCUGUACUGCAAGCAGACCGAUAAUGGUCUCUACACCUGCAAUGCAACCAAUUUGGCUGGGCAGACCUACAGUGCUGUGUUGGUAACAGUCAAAGAGCCUGCAGUGCCAUUCAGGAGGAAGCUGAAGGAUGUGGAGGUCCAAGAGAAAAUGUCAGCCACAAUGAUGUGUGAGGUGCCCGUUACUUCCACCCAAGCCAGCUGGUUCAUGGAGGAAACGCGGCUGCAGCAAAGCAGCAAAUAUAACAUGGAGGAGGAAGGGACCCUGCGUCGUCUCACCAUACACAAUGUCACCACCAAUGAUGAUGGCGUUUAUAUUUGUGAGAUGAAAGAGGGCAGUCGCACUGUGGCUGAGCUCACUGUCUUGGGCAACAUUACCAAGAAGCUUCCCCGCAGGACAGUGGUUCCUGUCAGUGACACUGUCAUCUUCUGUGUGGAGCUGGAGCAUCCCAUCCCGGAUGUCUACUGGACCCGCAAUGGCGAGAAGCUGAAGGAGGAUUCCCGUAUUUCCAUUGCCUGUGUGCUCAGGCAGUACACACUCACAAUUAGAGACUGCCAGGCAGAUGACUCAGGAGAGGUGGCCUUUGUAGCUGGAGACUGCAAGACAUCCACUCGAUUCACUGUCACGGCUGCCAGGAAACAUCCACCUGAUCCCCCAGUCGACGCAGUGGUGCAGAACAAGACUGACUCAUCCAUCACCAUCCAGUGGUCUCCUCCUGACAGUGACCGCCCUGUCCCCAUCAAGGGCUACAUUGUGGAGAGGAGGAAGGUUGGCACUCAGACAUGGCAGAGGUGCAACCCUGGGGAAACCAUUGUUUCAACAGAGAUCAUCAUCUGCAGCUUCACAGAAGAAGCCACCUACCAGUUCCGUAUCUCUGCUAUGAAUGACUUUGGCCAGAGUCCUUACCUGGAGGUGCCUGGAACCUUCUACCUAGAACCCAGUGCUGAAAUCAGGAGAGGCCUGACAAACUCUGCUGCAGUCUCUGGUGAGGAAUUCUCGAUCUCUGUGGAGCUGUCUGCUGUUUGCUCCGGCUUCUGGUCUCUAAACGGCCGCCUCCUGCGCAGUGGAGCCGACUACCUCAUCACCAGGUCCAAGAACACACACACUCUGCUCAUCCGUGUCGUCACCAUGGAAAUGAACGGAAAUGAGAUCAAGUUUGUGGGUGGAGGCUCGCAAAGCAGUUGCAUCCUGUCCGUGAAGGUUCCUCCUGUUAGGUUCACCAACAAGUCAGACGUAACGGAGGUUGUGACCUGCAGUGCCCAAGCCACUGCUCAGUUGACUGCUGAGGUGUCAGAUUACGAUGCACAGGUGGUUUGGAUGAGGAAUGGACGGGAGUUGAAAACUGGAAAGAAGUAUGAAUAUAUGUUCACUGACCGCAAGAGGAUCCUUAUGAUACACAACGUCACAGAGGAAGACGUGGGCAUCUACGAGUGUGUUUUAGCUGAUGACAGAAUGUCCAUCCAACUCAGUCUUAAAGAUGAACCUGCCAAGUUUUUGAACAAAACCAGAGGUCCCAUGGGAUUGGCAUCGUCCCUUAAAGGAGAUCUUGAGCUGAACUGCGAGGUAUCUCCCGCCAGUGCGGUCGUUGUGUGGAAAAAAGAUCAAGUGAAGAUCAUUGAGGACCAAAGAACUACCUUCAUCUCCAAAGGGACUCAAAGGAAACUCAUCAUCAGGAAUGCCAAGAAAAGUGACGAAGGACAUUACUCAUGUGAGACAGAAACAGACAAAGUCACAUUCCAGGUUAAGAUUAAAGAAACUCAAGCUGUAGCUGUGUUCUCCAACAAGGAGUCAGUCCAGAAGGAGGUGAAAGCUACUCUCUCCCAGAAAGCCACUCUUAGCUGCAAUGUUUCAGACAGCAAGACAGAGGUGAAAUGGUAUAAAGACGGCAAGGUGUUGAUAUCCAGCAGGACGAUAUAUUCAGAAGUAAAAGGCAACACUCGUCAGCUGGUGAUUGAAAAGGUGGAGAAGGGCGAUGCUGGAGAAUAUACAUGUGAAGCUGGAGGGGAGAAGCUGGCCUUCAGGUUAUUUGUGUCAGAUUUUCAGUCAGCAUUCUUCAACAAGGAGUCAGUCCAGAAGGAGGUGAAAGCCACUCUGUCUCAGAAAGCCUCCCUGAGCUGUGACGUAGCUGAUACCAAGACAGAGGUGAAAUGGUACAAGGAUGGCAAGCUGCUGACUCCCAGCAAGACAAUACACACAGAGUCGAAGGGUAAAAGUCGCCAGCUGGUGAUCGACAGUGUGGAGAGGAAGGAUGCUGGAGAAUACACCUGUGAAGCCGGGAAUGAGAAGCUGGUCUUUAAAAUGCAGGUGGAAGGUACUACUACAGAAGUCCAAGCUAAAUCUGCUUUCUGCAACAAAGAAUCUGUCCAGAGGGAAGUGAAAGCCACUCUCUCCCAGAAGGCCACUCUGAGCUGCGAGGUAGUCGAUAACAAGACAGAAGUGAAAUGGUACAAGGACGGCAAACUGCUGAGUGCCAGCAGAGCAGUUCACAUGGAGUCAAAGGGCAAGAUUCGCCAACUGGUGAUCGACAGUGUGGAGAAGAAAGAUGCAGGAGAAUACAUCUGCGAAGUUGGAACUGAAAAACUGGCAUAUAAAUUGCAAGUGACAGAAGCCCAAGCUGGCUUCUCCAACAAGGAGUCUGUCCAGAGGGAGUUGAAAGCUACUCUCUCUCAGAAAGCCACUCUUAGCUGUGAGGUUUCUGAUUCCAAGACAGAGGUGAAAUGGUACAAGGAUGGCAAGCUGCUGACUUCCAGCAAAGCAGUCCACAUGGAGACAAAGGGCAAGGGUCGUGAGCUGGUGAUAGAAAAAAUGGAGAAAAAAGAUGCUGGAGAGUACACGUGUGAGGCUGGAACAGAGAAGCUGGUCUUUAAGCUGCAGGUGACAGAUGCAGCUGUCAAGUUCCAGAAGAAGACUGUCAAGGACACAUGUAUUGUUCAAGCAAGUGAAAAAGUUGUUUUGACCACCGAGCUGACCUCAGAGAGCGGUAGUGUGAAGUGGUUUAGAGAUGGUGUGGAGCUCAGGGAGGGCAGCAAGUAUGAAAUGAAAAAAGAUGGUCUUUCUCGUACUCUGAUUGUGAAAUCCACCGAAUCCAAAGACAGUGGAACAUACACCUGUCAAACUGCUGACGACAAACUGGAGUUCAAAGUUCAAGUUAAAGAUUCAGCUUUGAAGUUUGUUGUCCCUUUGAAACCUGCUGCAGUGGAGUUGGGAGGUACACUUAGCCUGAUGUGUGAACUAAAUCAAGCCUCAGGGGAUGUUGUCUGGCAGCGUAAUGGUCGUGAGAUUAAACCUGGAGGCAGGCACUGUAUCAGGACAGAUGGUGCUAAGCGGGUUCUCACUGUGACUGGCAUGACUAAAGAAGAUGAAGGAGAAUACAGCUGUGAAUGUAGAAAUGACAAGACCUCUGCUAAAGUAUCAUCAAAAGCACCCAGACUGGUGAGGCUGACCUCCAGACUGAACAAUGUGGCUGCAAUGGAGGGAAAAGACGCCAUUUUCAAGUGCGCUGUCAACCCAGCGGACGUCAAUGUUAAUUGGUUCCACAACAGUGUACCUGUCACUGCUGGACCCAAGUAUAAGAUUGAACGUGGUGGUGGCAGUCACUCGCUCACCAUCACCUCUGUCACCCAAAAAGAUGCUGGAGAGAUUAGCAUUGAUGCAGAAGGCAAAACCUGCCAAGCUACCCUACAAGUGCAGCAUGAACCUGUGACAUUUAAGAAGAAGCUAGAAAACCUGACAGUGGAGGAGCAGAGUGAAGUGAAGCUGGAGGUGGAGCUCAGUAAACCAUCAGAUGAAGUGAAAUGGAUGAAGAACAGCGUAGUGCUGCAGCCCACAGGAAACAUGGAGAUCCGGGUAGACAAAGCUAAGCAGGCUCUGGUCUUCAAGAGUGUGACAUACACUGACCGGGGCAUCUACUCCUGUGAAACUCUGGAUGACAAAACCCAGGCCAAGCUCAAUGUGGAGAUGAAGAAGAUCCAGGUAAUAAAGGGCCUAACAGAAACCAAGGCACAUGAGACAGAGACAGUAACUCUUGAAGUAGAACUCAGUCAGGCUGACGUUGAAGGCUUCUGGACCAGGGAUGGGAUCAAGUUGAAAUCAGGGGUGUACUGCCGCAUCACAGCUCUGGGAAAAAAGCACGCCUUAACAUUGUCCAGUCUCAAGAGGGAAGAUGCAGGGACUAUUACCUUCCAAGCUGAAGGAGUACAUAAUUCUUGCAAACUGAUCAUCACAGAACCUCCUGCUAUGAUCUCCAAGCCCAUUAUGGAUAUGAGUGUUCCUGAGAAGGAGAAGGUAACUUUUGAAUGCGAAGUGUCCAGAACAAAUGCAGAUGUCAAAUGGUUCAAGGAUGAUGUGGAACUGAAACCAGGGAAGAACUUUGGCAUGCACUCCUUGGGCCGAAAGCGCAGUUUGGUCAUCAACAAAUGCACCCCUGAAGAUGCAGGCACAUACAUCUGCCGUACUCCUGAUGAUAACACCGCCGCCAAGCUCACUGUUAAUGCCAGAGAUAUUAAGAUUGUGAAGACGCUGAAGGAUGUGGAAGUGAUGGAGAAGGAGAGUGCUUCAUUUGUCUGUGAAAUCUCACAUGAUGAAGUGGACUGCCAGUGGUUCAAAGGAGGUGUCAAAGUCAAAGUCAGUGACAACAUCAAGAUGAGACAAGAUGGCAGAACCUAUGUGCUGCUGUUUAGGUCUGUCACCCCAGAGGACAUGGGUGAGAUUAAAUUCACAGCCGACAAGGCUUCUUCAACUGCAAAACUUAAAGUGAAAGAACUGCCUGUCAAGUUUGUGAAGAGGCUCAGGGAUAAGAUAGCGAUGUAUAAGCAUCGUGGUCAUCUUGAAUGCCAAGUGUCACGCGCCAGCGCAAAGGUGAAGUGGUACAAGAGCAAGACGGAGAUCAAACACGGCAAGAAGUACGAGAUCAAAAGUGAAGACGUGUACAGAAAGCUCACCAUCAACGAUGUGGACUCGGGGGAUGAAGACACCUAUACCUGUGAUGCCAUUGAUGACAAGACAUCCUGUAAACUACUUGUGGAAGAGCAGUCCAUCAGCAUUGUACGGGAGCUUAGUUCGGUAGAAGUGACCGAACCCUUUGCAGCUGUUUUUGAAGUUGAAAUCAGUAUGGAACUGGUGAAACCUCCUAUAUGGACUCUGAAUGGAGUUGCUGUGCAAGAGAGUGUUGAUGUUGAAAUGGAGAAAGAGGGAACUCUGCACCGUCUCACUUUCAAAAAGACCAAAACAUCAAUGACAGGACCUUUGCAGUUUACAGCUGGGAAGAGCAAAUCUUUAGCCCAGCUCACAGUCAAAGAGCGUCCGCUUGAGAUUGCAGAGCCCAUGAAAGAUGUGAAGGCGAAGGAGAAAAGCUCUGCUAUACUCAGCUGCAAAUUUUCUGUUGCACCCAAAGAGGUUCAUUGGUUCAAAGGUCAGGUACCUCUAGCGGCAUCAGACAAGUAUAACAUGAAGCAAGAUGCUACAAGGGCUCAACUGACCAUUCACACGCUGACUGAAGAAGACAGUGGAGAGUACCGCUGUCAGUCUGGACCUGCUGAGACCAAAGGCAAACUUACCAUUGAAGUGCGUGAAAUCAAGAUCACCAAGCACUUGGCAAACACAGAGGUUGAUGAAGACAGCGACGCACUGUUCACAUGUGAGAUUAACUAUGCAGAUGAAGAGGUACAGUGGCUUCUGAAUGACAAGGUGCUCUUCACAAAUGAGGUCAACACCAUCACCCAUGAUGGGAAGGUUCACACGCUCAAACUGAAGAACUUGGCUCCUCAGGAUGGGGGGACUAUCACUUUUCAAGUCCGCAAGGUGAAAGAGUCUGUGACACUUAAGGUUAAAGAGAAGCAUGCUGUGUUCCUCAAGUCCUUAGAUGAUGUCAUUGGAGAGGAGAAAGGCAUGAUAACUCUGGCGUGCGAGGCGUCCAAGCCCAGGGUUUCUCCCAUAUGGAGAAAAGAAGGUAAAGUCUUGAAGGCUGGAUCAAAGUACGAGCUCCUUCACACGGGCAAGUCUUUGGGACUGAUCAUCAAAGAUGUCACCAAAGAAGAUGCUGGAGAGUACAGUUGUGAUCUUGGAACUGAGGUUUCUAAAGCAAAGGUCACUGUAAGAGAAAUUGGCAUUGGAAUUACCAAAUGGCUGAAGUCAGCUGAGGUGAACGAGGGAGAGACAUGUAGCUUUGAGUGCAUCUUAUCUCGCGAGAGCACAGACGAGUGUUCCUGGACUCUCAACGGCCGCACUAUUACUGAUGGAGGCCGCUUCAAAAUCACCAGUAAAGGACGCAAGUACAUGCUGACCAUUAAGGAUGUCACUCCUGCUGACGCUGGAGAGGUGGUAUUCAACAUUAAAGACCUGAGCUCCAAAACAACAUUAACAGUUGAAGGGAAAGCUUCAUCUGUGUCAAAGGGACUACAGAAUGUUAAAGCUGAUCGUGGGGAAGAUGCUGUUUUUAUCUGUGAGGUGACACAGGCUAGUUCCACCGUAAAGUGGGCCAAGGAGGGCAAAGCCAUCAAAAAGAGCCAGAAGUAUGGCAUCACCCAAGAGGGCAGGGUUAUGAAGUUGACAAUCCAUAAUGUCUCUGCUCAAGACUCUGGAGAGUACAGUUGUGAAGUUGUUGGAGGUGCAACCACUAAAGGCAAACUGGAAAUCAAGGAGCCAAUUCAUAAAUUCACCAAACCGCUAAAGGACAGCCAAGCAGUGGAGAAGAGCUCCGUGACCCUGCAGUGUGAGACUGCACAAACUCCAUCCACUGUGAUCUGGCUUAAAGGUCACACAGAGCUCAAGGCUGGAGGUCGAUAUGAGAUGUCCCAGAAGGAGGGGGUCUUAACUCUCACCAUCAAACACCUGGAGGAGAAAGACACCGAUAUCUACACUUGUGACGUGGGCACAGCCAAGGGCAUGGCAAAGGUGACAGUCAACGCCCUGCCUGCCACUUUUCAAGAGAUGCUCAAGAACCAGGAGAAAAAGGAGGGGGAGACUGCAACGCUUUGCUGCAAGUUAUCCAAACCUGUGGACGGUGUUCAGUGGAAGAAAGGCUCUGAAGUUCUUCGAGCUGGAAAGAAGUAUGAGAUGAAGCUAGAGGAGAUCCGAUGUGAGCUUCAGAUUAAGAAUCUAGAGGUUGAAGAUAAUGGAGAGUAUUCUUGCGUGUGUGGAGACCAGAAGACUUCUGCAACACUGAAAGUCAAUGCAUUGCCGCCAACCUAUAUAAAGAAGCUGGAGAGCCAGGAGGCUGAGGAGGGAGCCAGUGUUACUCUGCACUGUGAGCUCUCCAAACCUGGAGUCCCAGUGGAGUGGAAGAAGGGAACACAGGUGCUGACGUCUGGAGAAAAGUACCAGAUGAAGCAGAAGGCCUCUGUGACUGAACUGGUGAUCAACAAAGUGGUGCCAGAAGACAGUGGAGACUACAGCUGUGUGUGUGGAGACCAGAAGACCACAGCCAGCCUCAAGAUCAAGGCCCAACCAGUGACCUUCAGACAGAAGCUGGAGAGCCAGGAGGCUGAGGAGGGAGCCAGUGUUACUCUGCAUUGUGAGCUCUCUAAACCUGGAGUCCCAGUGGAGUGGAAGAAGGGAACACAGGUGCUGACGUCUGGAGAAAAGUACCAGAUGAAGCAGAAGGCCUCUGUGACUGAACUUGUGAUCAACAAAGUGGUGCCAGAAGACAGUGGAGACUACAGCUGUGUGUGUGGAGACCAGAAGACCACAGCCAUCCUCAAGAUCAAGGCCCAACCAGUGACCUUCAGACAGAAGCUGGAGAGCCAGGAGGCUGAGGAGGGAGCCAGUGUUACUCUGCAUUGUGAGCUCUCUAAACCUGGAGUCCCAGUGGAGUGGAAGAAGGGAACACAGGUCCUGACGUCUGGAGAAAAGUACCAGAUGAAGCAGAAGGCCUCUGUUACUGAACUACUGAUCAACAAAGUGGUGCCAGAAGACAGUGGAGACUACAGCUGUGUGUGUGGAGACCAGAAGACCACAGCCAUCCUCAAGAUCAAGGCCCAACCAGUGACCUUCAAACAGAAGCUGGAGAGCCAGGAGGCUGAGGAGGGAGCCAGUGUUACUCUGCAUUGUGAGCUCUCUAAACCUGGAGUCCCUGUGGAGUGGAAGAAGGGAACACAGGUCCUGACGUCUGGAGAAAAGUACCAGAUGAAGCAGAAGGCCUCUGUAACUGAACUGGUGAUCAACAAAGUGGUGCCAGAAGACAGUGGAGACUACAGCUGUGUGUGUGGAGACCAGAAGACCACAGCCAGCCUCAAGAUCAAGGCCCAACCAGUGACCUUCAGACAGAAGCUGGAGAGCCAGGAGGCUGAGGAGGGAGCCAGUGUUACUCUGCAUUGUGAGCUCUCCAAACCUGGAGUCCCAGUGGAGUGGAAGAAGGGAACACAGGUCCUGACGUCUGGAGAAAAGUACCAGAUGAAGCAGAAGGCCUCUGUUACUGAACUGGUGAUCAACAAAGUGGUGCCAGAAGACAGUGGAGACUACAGCUGUGUGUGUGGAGACCAGAAGACCACAGCCAGCCUCAAGAUCAAGGCCCAACCAGUGACCUUCAAACAGAAGCUGGAGAGCCAGGAGGCUGAGGAGGGAGCCAGUGUUACUCUGCAUUGUGAGCUCUCCAAACCUGGAGUCCCAGUGGAGUGGAAGAAGGGAACACAGGUCCUGACGUCUGGAGAAAAGUACCAGAUGAAGCAGAAGGCCUCUGUGACUGAACUACUGAUCAACAAAGUGGUGCCAGAUGACAGUGGAGACUACAGCUGUGUGUGUGGAGACCAGAAGACCACAGCCAGGCUCAAGAUCAAGGCCCAACCAGUGACCUUCAAACAGAAGCUGGAGAGCCAGGAGGCUGAGGAGGGAGCCAGUGUUACUCUGCACUGUGAGCUCUCUAAACCUGGAGUCCCAGUGGAGUGGAAGAAGGGAACACAAGUCCUGACGUCUGGAGAAAAGUACCAGAUGAAGCAGAAGGCCUCUGUGACUGAACUACUGAUCAACAAAGUGGUGCCAGAAGACAGUGGAGACUACAGCUGUGUGUGUGGAGACCAGAAGACCACAGCCAGCCUCAAGAUCAAGGCCCAACCAGUGACCUUCAAACAGAAGCUGGAGAGCCAGGAGGCUGAGGAGGGAGCCAGUGUUACUCUGCAUUGUGAGCUCUCUAAACCUGGAGUCCCUGUGGAGUGGAAGAAGGGAACACAGGUCCUGACGUCUGGAGAAAAGUACCAGAUGAAGCAGGAGGCCUCUGUUACUGAACUACUGAUCAACAAAGUGGUGCCAGAAGACAGUGGAGACUACAGCUGUGUGUGUGGAGACCAGAAGACCACAGCCAGCCUCAAGAUCAAGGCCCAACCAGUGACCUUCAGACAGAAGCUGGAGAGCCAGGAGGCUGAGGAGGGAGCCAGUGUUACUCUGCAUUGUGAGCUCUCUAAACCUGGAGUCCCAGUGGAGUGGAAGAAGGGAACACAGGUGCUGACGUCUGGAGAAAAGUACCAGAUGAAGCAGAAGGCCUCUGUGACUGAACUACUGAUCAACAAAGUGGUGCCAGAAGACAGUGGAGACUACAGCUGUGUGUGUGGAGACCAGAAGACCACAGCCAGCCUCAAGAUCAAGGCUCUGAAGCUGGCAGCCCCUCCUUCAGCCACUAAACUGGAUGCUAAGAGGCAAGAGACCAGAGAAACUAUGGAAGCCAAGACCCCUGAAGCUCCUUCCGUAGCAGCUAAAGACAAGCAGAAGAGGCAAGAGAUAUAUGAGACAGUAGAAGCUGUGACACUGCCAACUACUGAACAGACUCCCAAACAGCAGCUCCUCAAACAGGAGAUUCAGAGAGAUAUUCAACAGCUCAAAGAGGGAGGUGAAGCUGUGACACUGCCAACUGCUGGACAGAUUGCUAAACAGCAGCUCCUCAAACAGGAGAUUCAGAGAGAUGCUGGAGAGCUCAAAGAGGGAGGUGAAGCUGUGACACUGCCAACUGCUGGACAGAUUGCUAAACAGCAGCUCCUCAUACAGGAGAUUCAGAGAGACUCUGGAGAGCUCAAAGUGGGAGGUGAAGUUGAAAAGACUACUGCUGGAAUAGCUGCAAAACAAGAUACACAGAGGCAGGGGACCAAAGAGUCACUGGAAGCAGUGAGGCCUCUUGAUACUCCAGCAGCUGUGACACUACCCUCUAGGGAUUCCAAAAAAGUGGUGGAAGUUGCAGCAGAGAAGUCAGCAGCUUCAGCAGUGAUCUCCAAAGUUGAACCUGAGAAGCAGGAAUUCAGAAAGAGAGUUGAAGAGACUGAAAAGCCUGCUGUUUCUGAUGUCAUCCCAAAGCCAGAGCCUGCAAAGCUGGAUACUGAAGUGAAAGGACAAGUCCUUCAAGUCAAAGUCGUUCGAAACCUGGAGAGCCAGGAGGCCGAGGAGGGAGAUAGUGUCACUCUGCACUGUGAGCUUUCUAAACCUGGACUGCCCAUCGAGUGGAAGAAGGAAGCUCAAGUAUUGAGUUGUGGUGAAAAGUACCAAAUGAAACAAACAGGAUUCAGUUAUGAGCUACAGAUCUUUGAUUUGAGACCUGGAGACACGGGAAGCUACUCAUGCUGUUCAAAGGACACAGUAACUUCAGCAUCUCUUGUAGUAAAUGCUUCCCCAGUUAUUUUCACAAAAGAGCUGGAAAGCCAAACGGCUGAUGAGGGGGACAGUGUGACGCUGCACUGUGAGCUUUCUAAACCUGGUGUUCCUUUGGAGUGGAGGAAAGGAGAACUUGGUCUUUGUCCUUGUGCCAAGUAUGAUAUUAGACAAACAGGACACCUGGCUACAUUAAUAAUCCAUGAUUUAGACCCAGAGGAUGCUGGGUGUUACACAUGUGACACUGGUGACCGUCAAAGCACUGCACAGCUAGCUGUGAAGGCCCAGCCUGUCCUUUUCAAAACCCAGCUACAAAACCUUGAACUACAGGAAGGAGACAGUGCUUGUCUCCGCUGUGAGACCACAAAGCCGGGAGCCAGUGUGGUCUGGAGGUGUGGUGACAGGGUGCUGGCGUCCAACAGCAAGUAUCACCUGAAACAGGAAGGAACUACAGUCGAGCUUGUCAUCUAUAAACUGCAGGGAGCCGACUCAGGAGAAUACUCCUGUGAUACAGGCAGCCAGAGGACUUCAGCUGUCCUCACUGUGCAGGAGGUCGAGGUCAACAUACUGAAAUUCUUGGAGAGCUGUGUUGUAUAUGAGGGUGAAGAUGUCCGCUUUGAGUGUCGGGUUUCCCAUGAAGAGGCACCUCUGGCCCAGUGGAAACUCCAGGAUGUCCCUCUACAGAACAACGAAAUGAACCUGAUCAAGUCUGAGGGCCGGGUACACAGCCUCACACUGAGAGGCGUCACCACAGCUGACUCAGGAAUAGUUACGUUCUCAGUGGGUAACCACACUUCCACUGCUUCUCUUACAGUCAGAGCAGCCGCACCUGCACUAUUCAAGAAGGAGCUGGAAAGUCAAGAGGCCACCGAGGGAGAUAAGGCCACCCUGUCCUGUGAGACAUCCAACCCUGAUUGCAAGGUGACCUGGCUGAAGGGCUCAACUGUGCUCACCCAUGGGGAGAAGUACACUUUGGAGCAGAGAGCUACCACUCACAACCUGGUUAUACACAAGCUGAAUCUGAAGGAUAGCGGAGAAUAUACCUGUGAUACAGGGGACAAGAAAAGUACAGCUACCCUGACUGUGAAAGAGCGUGUGCGUGUCAUCCGAGAACUCUGCGAUACCACUGUGAUCACUGGGCAGGAUGCUGUCUUUGAGGUUGAGUUGUCACACUCAGGCGUGACGAAUGGGGAAUGGUGGCUUGGAGACAACCUCCUCCAAAAUAAUGAUCUAAAUCAAAUGAGCAGCCAGGGCAGAGUGCACCGUUUGGUCCUGAAGAUGGUGACCACAGAUGAAUCAGGCGAUGUUGCCUUCGUGGUGGGAGAAGAGAAGAGUGUGGCCUGUCUUCUUGUGGAGGAGAAGCCCAAAGUGUUAAUACUAGAGAAGCCACACAACACUGUGGCAGUAGAGGGUAAAACUGUCACUCUGGCCUGCACCAUCUCUGACGCCAAGGGCACUGUCACCUGGAAGAGAAACAACGUGGCCAUCCACGCAGGUCUCAAGUAUGACCUGAGGAACAAUGGAGCGUUCCACCAGCUUCAUAUCCACAACCUGCUGCCUGAGGACUCAGGGACAUACACCUGUGACACAGGAGAUGCACAGUGUGACGUCACCUUGACUGUGGAAGGUGCCCCAGUGUCCUUCCACAAAGAGCUGAAGAACCAGGAUGCCGUAGAGGGUGAUGAUGUUACUCUGCGGUGUGAGCUGUCUAAGCCAGGUGUUCGUGUUGAGUGGAGGAAAGGAGGCAUGGUCCUCCAGCCUGGUUUGAAGUUUGAGAUGAGGCAGGAAGGGUGCAUUCAAGAGCUCUGUAUACGGAACCUGGAGCCUGACGACAGUGGCUACUACACCUGUGAUGCGGGAGACCAGCUCACCACAGCUUCUUUGGCAGUGCAAGUGAAAGAAGUCUUCAUUGUGCAUGGUCUUAAGACCACUGACGUCUUUGUUGGGGAAUGGGCAACCUUCUCCUGUCAGCUGUCUGGUAGGGCGCCAGGCAAGGUGCAUUGGUGGCUGGAUGGCACCUUGCUGGAGAACAGCCCCUUUAGUGAGAUAGGGCUGAACCAGGGACACAUCCACACACUCACCUUAAAGAACCUGGCCACAGAUGACUCUGGCACUGUCACGUUUAAAGCUGGGAGUUUGACAUCAACAGCCAAGCUCUUAGUCAAAGAUCCCACAGUUGAAGUGGUGAGCGAGAUGGAGGACAUUCGGGUGCUCGAAAACCAACCGGCUGAGUUCAUCUGCCAGUUCUCAAGGCCGGUCAAGGCUCAGUGGAAGAGAGACGGGCAGCCGUUACAGCCUGAUGGCCGAAGGGUGGUAGUAGAGCAGGACUGGAAUGUGGCUCGCUUGUUCAUAAGCCGUGUGUCUGCUCAGGACAGGGGCACAUACUCCUGUGAGGCAGAGGGGACCUGUGCGGUCGCUUCACUCUAUGUGGAAGGCAAACCCAUUGACAUUGUCCAGGGCCUGGAGAAUGUAGAAACCAUUGAUGGAGGUGAAGCGUUGUUUGAGUGUGCCCUCUCUCGUCCAGAGAGCAAAGAUGUCCGCUGGCUCCUUGAUGGGAAACCAGUUAAGGAAUCCCCUAAUGCUGAGAUUGUGACAUUUGAGAGCGGCCGUCGUCAUCUGCUCCUUUUGAAAGAGUUGCGAGUGACAGACAGUUGCACAGUGACCUUCAAAGCUGGCACAGCAUCAACAUCUGCCCAACUCUCUGUCAAAGGUUGGCAGCUGGACGUUGCGAAGGGUCUGGAGGACAAGGUGGCUGCAGUGGGAGAGAAGGUUGAGUUUUGUGUUGAGCUCACCGAGCAUGUCCCUGCAACAGAAGUAGCCUGGUAUGCUAAUGGAGUUGAGCUGAAGUCCAGUGACCUCUGGGCUACGAGGGUUGACGGCUGUGUGUAUCGUCUUGUCCUGAGACAGGCGCCUCUUUUGCCACAGCAGGAAAUUACAUUUGCUGCUAGAGAUGCUCUCUCUUUGGCCAAACUCACCAUCAUCACUGUACCUGAUCCCCCAGAGGACCCAGAGGUCCUCAGUAAGACUGAAAAGUCUGUCACCCUCUCUUGGUUCACUCCUCUACAUGACGGAGGGAGUCCCAUUCUUGGCUACAGGGUGGAAAUGCGGCUGGUAGACAGUGCCCUUUGGCUCCCAUGUCAUUCUGAACCUGUGUGCAACACAGAGUUUGUGGUCGGAAAUCUAAUCUUGGGGAGUGGAUACAGGUUUAGAGUGGCAGCCAUCAACAGAGCUGGGAUUGGAGAGCCUGUUGAGUUGCCCCAGACUGUGCAGCUUGAGGCACCAAGGCAGCCAUUGAUUUCCCCAGGUAAAGUGGCAAAACAGGUAGAGACUGAGGUGAUGGGGCAGCCCAGUCUGCCUCCAGAAGCUGCUGAAGAAGGUGACCUCCAUGAGCUGUGGGAGGAAUCAGCCAAGAAACGGCGCAUGAGUCGAGAACCCACUCUGGACUCCAUCACUGAACAGACUGAAGAGGACGGUAAAGGUGGUCAGAAGAAAUCAGAAGAGAAAGAACUGAAGGCCUCAGAGAAAGUGGAAAUAACAUCGGUAGAGAAGGAUCAGGCCAUUGUGUCCAAGAAGCAGACAGAGUCCAAAAUGUACACCAGCUCUGAGGAUGAGUCUGUUCCUGGGGGUCCAUCGCUUGUCACCUACCUCAAGAAGAGCAGCAAGUCUGGUGUCACAGCGACCACUGAGGGAGAGGCUAUGACUACUGAGAGGUUCUUUGCACAUUUCCAGAUGGCAGAGCAGAGAACAGUGCAUCUAACAACCACCGUUCAGCAGACAGGUGAAACACAAGUGACGACAGAGGAGACCAGCAUCAUGGAGAUCAGUAAAGAGGAAGAGCCUGAGCUCAGAGAUGCUGCCAUUAAGAUUCAAGCUGCGUUCAAGGGCUACAAAGCCCGCAAGGACAUGCGCCCUGUCUUCAAAGAGGUCUUCAAAGACCAGACCAAGGAGCCCAGUGGCACUAUACAUCUAGAAUGUGUGGCAGAAGGUAAACCUGAUAAGGUGCGCUGGCUGAAGGAUGGAGAACCACUGACGGAUGGCAAGCACCACCACAUUGAUAUCUACAAUGAUGGUACUUGCUCACUGGUCAUCACUGCUAUCACUACAAAGGAUACAGGAGUUUACACUUGUGAGGUCACCAACAAGUUUGGAGUCAACUCUCACAGUGGUAAAGUCACAGUAGGAACAGCGAGAGAAUCUUCCGGGCGACGGCCACUGACCGUGGGCUACAGUGCAGACAGCGAACCCGAUAGCUCCUCUGGAAGUGAGAUGGAUGAGUCACUGAGGCAGGCAAGCAGACGUCUACGGCGCCUUCUGCGCACACGCCUCCCACCAGAUGUUGAAGAAGAACCAUUUGUCAGCGCAGAUGAAGGAGACCUGCGUCCUCCAGAUCCUCACUCUUACCGUGAGGACGACACAUACAUCUACAUUCGCUUCAACUCACGGUCAGAGGCUGAGGUUGCCUCGACGAGGUUCCAGGAGAUGUUUACAAUCCAUGGAGUUCCUGUGGAGACCGCCAUCCUGGAGGCAGGGCCUCUCAAAGUGGAGCUCCGAAUUAGGAAGAUGGGCUACACGCAAGAUGGUACAGCGACCCCCACACAAGACAGACAGCCUCCUGCAUUUACGACUGGAGCCCCAGCUGCCCCAGUCUUCUUGACAGAGCUACAAAGUCAGGACGUUCCAGAUGGUUAUCCAGUCAGCUUUGACUGUGUUGUGAUUGGCAAACCCCCUCCCAUCGUUCGCUGGUAUAAGGACGGCAAACUGCUGGAGGAGAAUGACCAUUACAUGAUCAACGAAGAUCAGGAGGGCUGCCACCAACUCAUCAUUACCACUGUACUUCCAACUGACAUGGGUGUCUAUCGUUGCACAGCUGAAAACAGCAGCGGCAUCGCAACCACAAAGGCCGAACUCAGGGUUGACAUGUCCUGCAGCUCGGAUUAUGACACUGCUGCUGAUGCCACUGAAACAUCUUCCUUUGUCAGUGCCAAGGGCUACAUGUCCAGGGAAACUGAGACAUUUGAGUCUGUAACUGAAGAUGAUCAGCUACCACAAGUUGUGGAAGAGCUUCAUGAUGUUCAUGUCAGUCCAGGUUCACCUAUUGCUAAGAUGCAGCUCAAAGUAAAGGGCUUCCCCAAACCCAGAGUGUACUGGUUUAAAGACGGCCACCCUCUGCGACCUUCAGAAAGAAUUCUGUUGCUCGGAGAGAGAGAUGUUCAUGGUGUGGAGAUCCUGGAGGUGAAGAAAGAGGAUAUGGGGGAGUACUCUGCUUACAUCAGCAAUGCUGCUGGUUCUGCGUACUCCUCUGCCCGCCUGAUAGUUCUGAGUCCAGGGGAAAUUAUGCCACAAGAUAAAAGAGACCCCAAGGAGCCCCUGGUGCCACCCCGCUUCCUUGAAAGGUUCAGCAACAGGAAGGUGAAACAAGGAGCCAGCAUCACUCUGUCUGUCAAAGUAGAAGGCUCUCCCACUCCUAUGGUGUCCUGGCUAAAGGAGGAAUCAAUGGAAGAUGUCCUGUGGAUCAAGCCUGAUACCAAGGGAUACAAAAUAGCAAGCUCGGGGCGCCAGCAUAGCCUCAUCUUGAUGGACGUGGGCACAGAAUACACCGGGGCUUAUACCUGCAUUGCCACAAAUAGAGCAGGACAGUCCAUCUGCACUGCCCACCUCGAGGUUGAUGAGACACCACAACCAAAGAAAGAGACCAAAACCUCAGAGGUUCUUGGAAUUACAGUUAGUCCUCCAGAAGAGGAGGCUGGCAAAGGAAAAGAGGGUAAAAUACCCUACCUAGGUGAAGUAGGUACAGAGGAAUUCCUCAUGAAACUCACCUCCCAGAUCACUGAAAUGGUGUCAGCGAAGAUUACCCAAGCUUCAUUACGCGUACCAGGUGUUGACAGUGACGAUGAGACCAAGACCCCUUCUCCAUCACCGCAUCACGGUCGCUCUCGUCCUCCCUCCCUCAUCGCUGACUCCUCCUCUGAGUCUGAUGAGGGGGAUGCCAGGGGAGAGAUGUUUGACAUUUAUGUGGCAACAGCUGACUACAACCCCAUGACAGCAAGCAAAGAAUCAAUUUCUCUAAAGGAGGGACAGUAUGUUGAGGUCUUGGACUCAGCUCAUCCGCUCAAAUGGUUAGUCCGGACCAAACCCACCAAAACCACACCAUCCCGCCAAGGCUGGGUGUCACCUGCCUACCUGGACAAGAAACUUAAACUCUCUGCUGAUACAAGUGACCUUCCAGAGACAAGUGUAGAGGAGCUGUCCGAGGGUGAAUACAAGAGGAAAUUAUUCCAACUGAUCCAAGACCUGAUAAAUGGCGAAGCAGAGUUUGUAAAGGAGGUAGACUUCUUUACAACCCAUCACCUGAAGCAUGCAGAGAGCCCUGAUGCACCGCCUGAUGUCAGCAGCCAGAAGGAAGCCAUAUUCAGGAACAUUGAUGAUAUCAAGACCUUCCAUAGCAAGUCAUUCCUGCCAAAGUUGAACGACUGUGAAACGGAUGAUGAUGUAGCCAUGUGCUUCCUGAAGAACAAGGAGGGCUUUGAGAAGUACCUGCAGUAUCUCGUUGGUCAGGGUCUAGCUGAAUCGGCUAUCAGUGACAAGGCUGUUCACCGCUUCUUCAAGGAGUACACUGAGAAAGUGCAAGCCAGCGCAGACCCUUCAGAUCCCCCCGUACGCAGCAUAAACGCCAGCCUCCAACAACCACUGGACAGGAUUCAGAAGUACAAGGCCGUGCUGAAGGAGCUGAUUCGAAACAAGGCAAGAAAUGGUCAGAACUGCUGCCUAUUAGAAGAAGCUUACGCCAUGGUGUCUGCACUCCCUCAGCGCUCUGAGAAUAGUCACCAUGUCUCCAUGAUCGAGAACUAUCCUGCCACACUGGAAGUAUUAGGAGAGCCAAUCAGACAGGGACCCUUCCAAGUGUGGGAAGGGGCUCCAGGGAUUAGGACGUCCUCUAGAGGUCACCACCGCCACUGCUUCCUGUUCAAGAACUACUGUAUAAUCUGCAAACCCAAGCGAGACAGCAACACUGAUACACAAUCAUACGUCUUUAAGAACAUGAUGAAGUUGAAUAACAUUGAUGUGAAUGAGACAGUGGAGGGUGAUGACCGUGCCUUUGAGAUCUGGCACGAACGCGAGGACUCUGUGAGGAAGUACACCUUGCAGGCCCGAACCGUAACCAUCAAGAACUCCUGGCUGAGAGAUUUCAGAGAGCUUCAGCAGCGAUACAGCAUGCCUGCAUGGAGUCCUCCUGACUUUGAUGAAAUUCUGGCAAACUGCACAGCAGAGCUGGGACAGACUGUUAAACUAGCCUGCAAAGCCACUGGAGUACCAAAACCUACCAUCACCUGGUACAAGGAUGGACGCACUGUGGAGGCAGAUCCUCAUCACAUCAUCAUAGAGGACCCUGAUGGUUCCUGCACACUGAUCCUGGAUAACAUGACAGCAGAUGACUCUGGCCAGUACAUGUGCUUUGCCACAAGCUCAGCUGGUAAUGCCAGCACUCUGGGCAAGAUCACUGUUCAGGUGCCGCCUCGUUUUGUGAAUAAAAUGAGGAAUGCUAUAUUUGUCGCCGGUGAGGACACUCAGUUCACCUGCGUCAUACAGAGCGCCCCCCACCCAAAGAUCAGGUGGUUCAAGGACGGCAGGCUGCUGACUGACCAGGAAAAGUAUCAGACCUACAGCGAGCUCCGCAGUGGCGUUCUGGUCCUGGUAAUAAAGAACCUGACAGAGAGAGACCUGGGACACUACGAGUGCGAGUUGUCCAACCGUCUGGGCAGCGCCAAGUGUGCUGCUGAUUUGGUCCCACCCUCUGCUGUGGCUCGCUCUGGUGAGCAGGCCAUCACUAUUGAAGUGACUGAGCAGGAGACAAGAAUACCAAAGAAAACCAUCAUCAUCGAGGAGACUAUAACCACUGUGGUGAAGAACCCACGUAUGAGGAGGCACAGGUCCCCUGGCUUGACUCUCGCUGGAGCCCAACGCUCGGAGACUUCCACCCCAGAGCCCCCGACAACCAGGCUGAGAAGAAUGCCCACUCCAAGGAAGACCGUCCCAACUCUCUAUGUUACCGAGCCUCAGGGUGCUGAAGCCAGAGUCGUGGAGACCAAGCCCAGGUGGGUAGAGGUAGAGGAGGUCAUCGAAUAUAAGGUCAAUAAAUCUCCCAGGCUGCCCAGGAGGAGGGGCAUCUCACCUGCAGGGUCUGAUCGUGCAGCCACUCCCUCCAGACCCAAAAGGUCUCCACCGGAGAAUCCAAACGCUAACAAUUCCAACAACAAGCUGGUGGAGCAGGCUCAGGCCCAGCUGCAGGGAGACGUCAGCAGCCAGCCGCUCUCCUGGGAGGAAGAGGAGGGUAAUGUUACCUCUGAUUCUGUCGCUGGGGUCGCUGAAGAGCCACAGGAGCUUUCAUCUGUCCUCGCUCCAGCUGGAGAGGACAGCGAGGACCUGGAUGAUGAGCAAACUAUCAUCUUUGAACCUGAUGAUGAAGAUGAUGAUCAUACCUCACUCGGAAAGCAGGAGCCUAAGAUUCUGACACAAGGAGGCCGUGUUCUGACCCUUGAAGACUUGGAGGAUUACGUCCCUGAGGAAGGAGAGACCUACGGCUCGUCCAGCGCUCACAACUCCGCAGCAGAAAAGCCCUGUGAAAUCUCUGUGCUCCAGAGGGAGAUCGGCGGCUCUACAGUGGGACAGCCGGUGCUCCUCAACGUGGGGCGGCCUGUUGUGGUCCCGAGGCAGAGGAGCAGCUUCUUCAGCCGCUUCAGGGAGCAUCUCUCCAGCAGCCUUUUCUCAUCUGCUGCCCCCCAAGCCAGUGGAGGCCGGUCCAGGACGGAAAGGCAUGUCCCCAUCCAAGUGAGCCACGCAAAGCUGGAAGUGAAGCCGUCAUACUGCUCCGAGGUGCAGAGAGUCGAGGGCGGGCAGCAGAGCUUUAAAACCAAAGUGUCAACUCAGACCUACGGCUACACCUCAGUGGGCAACCCAGUCACUCUUCAGAUUAGUGAUUAUCAGAACCAGUAGUAGCAAAGAGUUUUAAUUUGGUACCACUAACCCUCUCAGUCUUAAAUGGGGACAUUUUUACUUGCAUGAUAGAUAAGACAUAUCCUGACAUGAAGUUACUGCGUUUAACAAACCAUUCCAUUGUGAAGCUGCCCGUCAGGAAACAGGCUCAUCCUCUUGAGUCAUUUUCUUGACAGAUGGUUAGAGUCAGAUGGUCUGUCCAGACGAGACGAGUUGGAAAAUGUAGCUAUGAAUAUGUCACUGUGAGCAUGUUUCAGCCUCAAACUGCUCCGUUACACCUGUUGUGUGUUGUGCAAGACACACAGUGGACAGAAACCAAGAAAUUUGACAUUUUACGAAACAGUUUCAUCACGUUUCACUUAAACACACCUUCACAUAAUCAUGAACCUUUGAGCUAACUGAUCCAGGCAUUAUCCUUAGCGAUGACUCCUGCUAUAUACGCAAACAAAUAGUUAUACAGUAUAUUUAGGUAUAUAUAUAUUUUUUCAGUUUUACUUUUGUACCUUUCAAAGAAUGUUGCCUUUUGCACUUUUGCAGUGCCUUAGAUUCCUGGAGCAACACAUGCUGGAGUUAAUGACUGUUAGUGAGGUCAUGUCUACAUGUUUCUAGUUCAGUAUUGCUAUAAGUUAAUUUAAAUAUGCAACACUGAUGAUGUAAAAAUGAACAACAGAACUUUGGUGACUGUUGUAGUCCACGGGCUGUUGUUUAAUUAACGAUGUGUGGUCAAAUUGUAGUCAGUUUGGCAAAAUCACACAUAAGGUCUCUACUACGACUUUUGUUUGUGAAUGAUUUGUUGAUGAGCAUCUUACACAAAUAUGGCUUUUCUACAAGCUGAUCAUUUGCAAGGUGAACGUGUUUCACAUCAGAUCUCUGUGUUUGACUGCAUUUAUGUCAUUUAUUAUUGUGAAACAUGUUUCUACUAUGAAUUGAAUAAAACACGCAGCUUUUUAGACAUUUUUGUGUCUGUUAAUGCAGUACAAUCACCUGUCAUUUUGCAGGAUAUCACAGGGACAGUCAUAUGUAAGUGAUAGAUAUUUAGAGUGAGUGACUGCAUGUAUUUGCUUUUCCAAAGCCGAUGUGUUUACCCAGAGUAUCCAGAUCUGUAAUGUUGUAUUUGAUUGCAAGGAAAUGUUUGUGCAAAGUACUUGAGCUCCCAGAAUGUACUACCUUCUCAGUUUAAAAAGUCACUAGAAUACAAUAACUGCCUCCUUAAAGAUUUGUGGUGUUUGUGUUGUUUUUAAAGGUCUUUUAGUCAGUUACAAGGAUCAUGUUAUGUAUUAAUAUUAAAGCACU